GAAGAAAGUCACGUGGACAAACUUCAUCGGGAAAAAAUUGGUAGUCAUGGUACCGAACAAAGCUUCAACAGGAGAAUCUCUUUGAUAUUGCGCCCUCCGCUGUACCCCCAGGACAAUGGCUACCCGGAGUAUAUAGCUGAAACCAUCGCUAGAGUGCAGGCAUUGGAUCGGCAUGGAUAUUUCUACAGACACACUAUUAUCAUCACCAUUAUCGGCUGAUCACAAUUCGCGCCCCCGCCAGUUCUGCUAGACCCGAAAGGAGCAAAUUAAGCUCCCACCAGGAAGCGCUUUGCCUUGCCCUGAAAAAGCUGCUUGCCUAUAAUAGAACUGUCUUUUUUGAAGCCCAGCCUACGGAGCAAGUGGACAAAGCGUUACCCAGAAUAUUGGGCCAAGAGACGGGCAUUAUCACAGCUCGCGUUGCCCCGCGAUCUCUUCUUUGUCAAACCUCCCGCAUUGCCAGCUAGAAUCAUGCCUCAUUCCUAUGUUGUGCCCCAUGCGGGGUUUCAGGCUCUUAUACUCUGUGGUCCUGGUGUUUCUCUGAAUACAUUUACUUCAAACCCCGAGGAAUUCCCUAAAGCCCUCGUUCCUAUUGCGAACCGCCCUAUGGUCUGGUACCCGUUAGAUUGGUGCUAUCGCAUGGGCAUUACAAAUAUAACUCUCAUAACGCCGCAAUCAAGCCAGUCCGCGUUAGAGGCCGCACUAUCGCAAAAUCCACAUCUUACAUCUCUACCUUCUCCCUCCCCCUCAGUGCUUGCGCCUCGAGACCUAACAUUUACUACCGGCACCUCGGAGCUCCUGCGACUACCUGAAGUGCAAUCAUGCAUCAAGUCCGAUUUUAUGCUUCUUCCUUGCGACCUAAUAUGCGACCUACUUGGCGAAUCACUCCUCGAAGCGUGGAUGUCGAGCCAAGGGGCUCUGGAUGGCUCGUCAGUCGGUGAGGCAUUCUCAAGCCGCAUUUCCAGCAUGGUGGGCGUUGGCGGCGAGCAUGGUGGAAGAAGAGGUGGCCUCGGGGUAUGGUACCCCAUGCCAACGUCUAAAGAAGAGAAGAUUAAAGGGGACGUGGCCGAUUUCCUGGCCGUGGCACCCCUGGAUGCAGAUGAUGCUCUCGUUUUGAACGGUGGACCAGGAGGAAACGGAUCGGUGCGCGCCUCAUUAUCAAAACUUGUCUAUGCGGCGCCAAUGGAUACACUGAAAAAUACAAUGGCCAAGAAGAAGGCUUUCUUGAUCCGUCACUCACUCCUGAGAAGUCAUGGGAGAGUGAAGCUCCUAACCACCUACCGGGAUGCUCAUAUCUACUUAUUCUCAUACUGGGUGAAAGAUAUGGCCCAAAGAAACGAGAAGUUUGAAAGCGUCAGCGAAGAUUUGAUCGGAUGGUGGGCCAAGGCCGAAUGGCAAACGGGCCUAGGCGAGAAAUUAGGCCUACGAGAAGUCUUCGCCAACCAGGAUACCAACAGCCAUUCGUUCGAAGCCGAAGAACGUGUCGAGGAAGAAAUCGACCUCUCAGCCAUGUCUACCACAAAAUCAAUAUCCCACUCCACCGUCAACCCGGACGGCAGCAGUGCAACACAGAAGCAGACUCGACCCUCUUUGCCCCAGCGUGCCUUCACCUUCCAACAAGAUACAACCAAACCCAACCCAACGUCCCCAGGGAAACUCACCGUGCCCCCAAUCCUCGCCUACGUCCACCCCUCACAACCCUCUGCUCCUCUAAUCCGGCGCGUCGAUAGCUCCGCCCUUCUCCUCUCCAUCUCCCUCCGCCUCGCGAAACUCGACCCAAUCGCCGAAGUUGGGCGCGAAGCAGCCUCCCCCUUUGCGCACAUGAACAAAAUCGCCCAUCCAGCCGGCAUCGCCCAGCGGUGCACAGUCACCAAGGCCGACUGCCUAAUCGCCGAGAACGUGACCGUGGAGGAAAAAUGCGUGAUAAAGGAGUGCGUGAUUGGCGCCAACUGCCGGAUUGCGACGGGUGCGCGACUCACGCGCUGCCUGCUGAUGGAUGGCGUGGUGGUGGAUGAGCGCUGUCAGCUUACGGGCUGUAUUAUUGGGCGGCGCAGCAAGAUUGGGCGCGAGUCUGUGCUGAAGGAGUGUGAGGUCCAGGAUGGGAACGUGGUGCCUGAGGAGACGGAGGCGACUGGGGAGAAAUUUAUGGUUUUUGAGGGGUUGGAUGAGGAUAUGGAUGAUAUGGAUAUGGAUGGGAACGACGAUGGUGAGGAAUCUAUUGGUGGGGAUGGGCAUUGGGCGGGUUGAGCUCCAGUGAUGAGUAAAGGAUAUUUAUGCGACGAAUGGACCAAUGGAUAGAAGCGAAUGGCGGGCAUUUUUUGCGGAACUACCUGGUUAAUGAACAUGGGUUACCUGGCUAUGAGCUUAUUACCUUUUCUUCUUCUUCUUUUUUUAUCUCGGAGUAUUAAGUGCAAAGGAAAAUUAGCAAUAGACAACAGAAAGCAAUGGAAAUGCACCCUCACUCGGAAGAGAAUUAUCCCUCUGGAGUCACUCACUACACAAGCGAACUCACCUCAAGUCUGCGAUCGCGUCCAUGUUGUAAUAUUACAAAAUUUGCACAACGUAACUUGUAUCGGAAUAUCGUUUGAGAAACUGUGGAAAGGAAGUUAUAGAAAGAAAGAGAGCUCAAAGAACACAGCAAGCAAAAAUCCUCUCAGCCGGCACUUUGGCAGACAUGCAAAACCCACAAAUACAACAACACCCAAAUGGCAAAAAAAAUACAUCUCGCAAAAAAUAUUAAAAAUGAAUGACCAAAAUAAAUUGAUAUCCAAACCAAAACAAAAUUCCGGGCACGAAUUGAACGGAACUGGUUGUUUCGAAUUUCGAAACCCAUUUGGAGUGGUCUGAAUGGUAGAUCAAGAAGAGGAAAAAGUCGAAAUGCCCCACAGGGAUCUAGAUCACAACCAGCUCCGCACUUUCCUUAUUGAGCUGAAGAUUUAACAGAUUACUGUAACUGCCUGCAGAUCCAGCAGGCUCAAUUAGGAAUUCCUUGGCGAUGUUAAACAAUGACGUCACGAAAAUGCUAAUGCAGGAGAGAAAAAACGGAAUAAAGCUUGAAAAUGAAGAAGAGCACAACUAAACUCUUCAAUCCUGGCGGAGCAUAUGCAAAGAGAGGAGAAGACAGAAUCAAUCUGUUUCCCUCAGUCAUCUAGGCAUAUGAUGCGCCUUCAGCUGGAUCCUGCU